CCCCGAAGCCGAAGAAAAAAGAGGCUGUUAAGAAGCUCAGCUUUGGAGAGGAUGACGAGCUGGCUCCUGAUGCCCUCUGGGAUGCGGGUCCGGAGGCACCUUCCACUCCCCAGACUGACAGGACCCUGGAGGUGAGUGGCAUGGCCCCACUGCAGACCACACCACCCUCCCAGAAGAAGUGGGUCCUGAAGCGGCCUCCUGUCCUGGAGGACUACAUCAAUGUGACAUCUACCAAGGGCACCAGAGUCUUCAUGGUUGUGAGGGAUGAUCCCUCCAGGACAGGGGUGGAGCUCCCCGAUUCCCUGGGCUGGAACGCACGCAGGCCGCUCCACUUGCUGGGGGUGCCUUUCUCCUACCUGAAGGAACAAGUGGAUGAAGAGCGGCGCAGGCACGUCCUGGAGGCAUCACAGCAGCUGACAGAGAUAAUCCACAGUUGCCUCGAGAGCGUGGCCAGCACUGAGAGCCAGGAGCCCAGUGGGGAAGCAGGUCCAGCAGAUGGGGAGGAGUCUGCCCUGCAUUGCCUCUGGGUGGACAAGUUCACUCCCCGGCGCUACGUGGAGCUGCUCAGCGAUGAUUACACAAACCGUUGCCUUCUGAAGUGGCUGAAGCUCUGGGACACGGUGGUGUUUGGGAAGGAGAAGGCUGUGAAGAAGGCCAAGCCCAGCACUGAAGCUCGUCAUCAAUUCAGCCAGCCCAAGGAGCAGCAGAGUAAGUGGAAAACGAAGGUGCAGCUCACAGAGGAGAUUCUGGAGGCUGAGCUGGACCAGUAUAAGAGACCAAAAUACAAGGUAGCCCUGCUCUGUGGCCCACCGGGCUUGGGGAAGACCACGCUGGCCCACGUGGUGGCGAAGCACGCCGGCUACAACGCCGUGGAGAUGAAUGCCAG